CGCCAUUUGAAGCCUUGUUGAAAAACACAGACGACACACCUGCCGUAAGACUGGAUGCGCAUUGUUCACGGAGAGAUUCCGCCCGACACGAACACAGCGCGACAACACGUGAGACUCCGCGCCGAUUGUCUCUCGAUCUGCAACGGCAAGUGUCAUCCUCCAUACCCACUCUCCGCAUCAGACACAUGUCUCGCACGGUUCAAUCACAACUAUACUAUGCCAACCGCCCUCGUCCUCGUCUAUCCCUCCGUCAAUACUCUCGACACCAACGGCCCGAUCGGCGUGCUCUUCCAGGGCGGCUUUUCCUCAUUCAUAGCCGCCCAUGACGAAUUCACCACCUCCCAGGAAAAUGUAACCUUCAAACGGGAUUUGUCCAUCGCCGAAGCCAAGGACAGACUAACGGAGUUUGAUAUGCUUAUUGUUCCUGGGGCGCGACCGAACCAUAUCCUCCCGUUCCUCUCGGCAGAUGGGCAUCUCCACGAACUGUUAGAGUUGAUAUCUGCCUUUGCGAAACUCGGCCCCAAAAGUCCCGGGCCUCCGGGCGAGAGAGUUCUUUUUUCAGUUUGCAGUGGGUCGUAUCUUCUCGCGGCAGCAGGAGUGCUAGAUGGUCUCACGGCGACAUCACACCGAUUGGGGCUCGGACCCCUGCGCAAUCUAUGCGACGAGUACAAGAGUCGGACACCGGGGGCGAAAGGGACGGAGGUGGUACCGGAGAAUGCAACGGGCACUGUUCACUACGUCGAUGCAGGAAUGAACGCGUCGCAGGUGCGCAUUGUCACGUCCGGGACCAUCACCAACGGCAUGGAUGCGGCCUUGUACCUUAUUUCGCUACGGUCGGGGAGACCGGCCGCAGAGGAGGUGGCGUCGUUUAUAGGGUAUUCAUGGAGGGAAAUGUGAGGUUGGGAUUCGGACAUAUGGGAGGUCAUGAUUUCUAUCUUGGACAUACGGAGUACAUAUACACUAAUCUACGGCAUUCUACUACUGCCCUCGCAUUGGACAUGGAUCCUUGGACACAGCUGCUGUUCCCUCCAAACAAAGCCGCUGCUGCUGCUCGCCACACUGCUUCCUGCGAGAACCAGCUCUCCGCUGUGUGGAACCGCCGACAAUCCGCCGCCUUGUAGGUGAACUGCUGCGGCGUUUCGUCGUCUCCGGGCGCGUACUCGU